UACAGUGCGACGACGGCGGCGGCGGGCAGGAAGCUCGGUGGCCGAGCAUUCCUGUUGCGGCUGCUUCUGUAAAGACAUGACCACACAGUACGGUAUUCUCUUCAAGCAAGAGCAAGCUCACGAUGAUGCCAUUUGGUCAGUUGCCUGGGGAAAAAAUAAAAAAGAUGGUUCUGAAACAGUGAUCUCUGGUUCUUUGGAUGAUCUAGUGAAGGUGUGGAAGUGGAAUGAUGAAAAAUUGGAUCUACAAUGGACGUUGGAGGGUCACCAGCUGGGCGUGGUGUCUGUGGAUAUCAGCCACACGGGCUCCAUCGCAGCAUCCAGCUCCCUCGAUGCCCACAUUCGCCUCUGGGAUUUAGAAACUGGCAAACAGAUCAAGUCAAUAGAUGCUGGCCCUGUUGAUGCUUGGUCCCUGGCUUUUUCACCUGAUUCCCAGUACCUUGCAACAGGAAGUCAUGUCGGAAAAGUAAAUAUUUUUGGUGUUGAAACCGGAAAGAAAGAAUAUUCUCUGGACACCAGAGGAAAGUUCAUCCUUAGCAUUGCAUAUAGUCCAGAUGGAAAAUACUUAGCCAGUGGAGCAAUAGAUGGCAUUAUCAAUAUUUUUGAUAUUGCAACUGGAAAACUUCUGCAUACGCUAGAAGGUCACGCGAUGCCUAUUCGUUCACUGACAUUUUCUCCGGAUUCCCAGUUACUUGUAACUGCUUCAGAUGACGGCUAUAUCAAAAUUUAUGAUGUGCAACACGCAAACUUGGCUGGUACAUUAAGUGGGCAUGGAUCCUGGGUAUUAAAUGUAGCAUUUUGUCCCGAUGAUACACAUUUUGUUUCCAGUUCAUCUGAUAAAAGUGUGAAAGUUUGGGAUGCUGGGACGAGAACCUGUGUUCACACUUUCAUUGACCACCAAGAUCAGGUUUGGGGAGUGAAAUACAAUGGAAGCGGGUCCAAAAUUGUAUCUGUUGGGGAUGACCAAGAAAUUCAUAUUUAUGACUGUCCAGUUUAAAUGUCUUGACUGGAACCCUUUGGUUAACUCUUGCAGCAGUUUUUAUGAAUACUACUGUCCUUCUAUGUAAUUUUUUUAAUAUGAUAAAAACACUUUAGUAAUGCUGAUCUGCAAAAUCAGAUAUGUUUAUAUGUAAUUUUGAUUUUGUUUAGCAUGAAAUAAAGCUUUACUUUUUUUAAAAUAAAAGCUAAUGAUGCAA